UUCAUCUUAUUUUUUCUACGCGUAAUUAGAAAAUCGAAAGGGAAGACUGGUAGUGUUGGAGGUUUGAAAACUUCGACUGGGUCUCUUCCUUCCCCGAUAACUUGACCUGAUGACCUCCUCCGUUUCUCAUGAAAUUCUCCUUUCUCUUUAAAUCCCCUCCUGUUUCUUGCCAUCAAGAAUUUUAGCCUCGUUCGAACCCAGCAUGACACAACUGCUGUCAAAAAUCUCAUUUUUCCGUCGAUUGAUAACAAUAUAAACUCCGACACCCCACAGAGAGAGAGAGAGAGAGAGAGAGAGAGAGCCGUCACCAUAUCGGCUGGAGAGACAAACAAGAGGGAAUUUUUGCAGUAAUUCUCCACGAAUUAGGCUUAAGAAUCAGCUAUACAGAUAUAGUUGUGUAGAGUCGACUCCAGUUUAUUUAAGCAACUGUUGCUGCUAAAGUUGAAAGGAUGACUGCAAUUCUAAGCAAAAUGGUUUCUUGCAAUCUUCUUUAGAAGCGAUCACUCAACGGACUGGAUGACAUUCAUGUUGAUAGGCAGUGUUGACAGAAUUGACUGACCCAAUAGGGAGAUCGAGAUACCUGAAACAGACCUUAAAAUUUCAGCAAAUUCCGAUAAUUCAAUGAACUUCGAUAUUGGAAUUGAGGAUAUAUCUCUGGCAGUGCUGCAGGAACUAUGUAACAAGGCAGUAAAGCAGGCAACGGAGCUUGUUAGUGAAACAAAGGAAGUGGUGCUUAACAAGGAUUGCUUUCAGGAAUUCUUGAGGACUAUUUCUGAUCUUAAAAACCUGCUUGGUACAUUGAAUUUCCAGAAAGUUGUUGAUGCAACGGGUUCAGAAUCCACAAAAGCUGCAUUAGAGACCUUGAAUUUUCAGCUGAAGAAAGCCUGCAAGAUCAUUAAAGAUUACAAAUCCGGAAGCCACAUCCAUCUCAUAUUAAAGUCACACUCAAUGCUCUCGCAGAUGCAGGAUGUGGCCAAAGAUAUUGCCAGCACUAUUUCCUCGUUUCAGCUGAUCAAUCUUGCUAUGGCUACCCGGAUCAUGGGCAACCUGAGCAAAAUGGAGUUCCGAUCAGCAGCAUUUGCAACAGAUGCAAUUGCUUUAGAAAUAGAGAAUUUAAUAUCCCAGGAAAGUAAAAAUCAGGAGCAUGCUGUAAAGCUCCUGGAGAAGAUUGCAGAAGCUGUUGGUGCUAAUGUGAACGCAUCCAUGGUUCAAAAUGAGCUGGAACUUCUGAAGCAGGAAAAAGAAGAGAUGGAAACUCAAAAGAAGCAGGCAGAGGCACUUCAGUUGUCGCAGUUGAUACAGUUCUUGUACAGUACAGAAAUUCUUACGAUACCAGACGAUGAGAGAAUUGCCUCAUACCACCAGCAUUACCCAAUUGAUUCAUUUAUCUGUCCAUUGUGCAAGGAGAUGAUGACAGACCCAGUUGCAAUCCCCUGUGGUCACAGCUUUGAGAGGAAAGCAAUUCGGGAACACUUCAGAAGGGGGGAGAAAAAGUGCCCUACCUGCGAACAGGAGCUCCCAUCGCUGGACCUUACUCCAAACCUUUCCCUUCGAAACUCUAUUGAAGAAUGGAAGCAGCGAGACAUGGACUUAAAAUUCCAAGCUGCACUGGCUGGACUCACAUCAAAUGACCAUUCUAGACAGAACAAGGCCUUAGAAGAUAUGCAAGGUUUGCUGGAGAUGUCUUCGUAUGCAUUAAAAUUUGCGGAAGAAGGACUCGUACCAAAGUUGGUGGAGAUACUAAAAGACAAUAUACUGAACAGGGUGGCCACACUAAAAUGCCUCUACUUCCUGGCUAAAUACUGUGAUAAUCACAGGGAAUCCAUUGUUACAUCAGGAGCUGUACGCUGCAUCGUGAAGCAGAUAUAUAAAGAUGGAACAGAACCUGUUGCCAUUGCAAUCUUGUUGGAGCUGUCAGAAACAGAAACCCUUUCAGAAAAAAUAGGAAGUACAAAAGACUGUAUUCCUCUUCUUGUUUCGUUACUCGCUAACGAUAACCUUGACGUCUCACAGAAUGCCAACAAGGUGUUGCAGAAACUCUCCUCCAACACACAUUUUGUUGUCAAGAUGGCUGAAGCGGGACACUUCCAACCAUUUGUGGGUCGCUUUAACCAAGGACCUCAAGAAACCAGAACAUUGAUGGCUGCAGCAUUGAUAGAGAUGCAACUCAAGGAGAGCAGUAUUAAGGACUUACAAAACAAGCAAUUCAUACACAACCUAGUCCAGAUGCUCUCUUCAAGCGUCCCAGCAUGCAAAGUAGCUUGCCUCAGAUCUAUCAAAAAGCUCGUACAGUACCCCAAGAUGGUAAAGAGACUUCUGAAAGAUCCUGUUACAAUACCCCAUUUGCUUGGUCUCAUUUCAUUUGUCAGGUCUGACCCGCAUGAGAAAGAAGAAGCAGCUGAGAUUCUUGCUCUACUAAUUGGAGCCAGUCAGCACCUAGAACUCGAUAAAUAUCAGGGUUUGCAGGAGCUGCAAUCAAAGCACAAUGUCAGUCUCCUUCUGCAGGGUGUGGCCAACUCCAAUCCUCGAACUAGGGUCCAGUUCUUACACCUGCUGGUUGAACUCUGCCAUAAAUCUGAGACAGCUCAAAACCUAAUUCGAUCAGAUAUGGAUGCGGUUGGGCAACUCUUCUCUUUGCUUCACAGUGACCAGCCUGCAGUGAGACUGUGGACAAUGAAGCUCAUAUACCGCAUUUCUGAAGAUCAUCCUGCUGGGGCUCCACUACCACCUUCUCCUGCAAAAGAAACAGCAAUUGCGACCUUGGCAUGCAUCCUCAUCUCUUCACCAGAUAUUGAAGAAAGGUCCACUGCCGCUGGAAUCAUCAGCCAGCUUCCCGGUGAUGAUCUUAUAAUUGAUGAGAUACUCCGCAAAUCGGACACGUUAAAAGCCAUUCAUGAGGUGAUUUGCAGUGCUGAUGAGGAAAAUAAUGGAACCAUGGCACCUGCUCCCCACGGCAUAUAUUUACUAGAAAAUGCUCUAGCAGCACUUUUACGAUACACAGAACCUAGCAAGCCUGAACUUCAGAGGCAAGUGGGCAAACUUGAACUGUACCCAUCACUAGUUCGUGUUCUCUCAGGGGGCAGCUCGCUAGCCAAGCAACGGGCAGCCAUUGCACUUGCCAAACUAUCCCAAUCCACCAGCCUGUCACCAUCUGAUGGAACCAUAACAGCAGAGCAAGCCAAGCGCUUCACACCCCUGGUGCAUGUGAUCAUGAAGUUCCUACCAAACAUGCCUUGGUGUUGCUCAACCUCGCCAGGGAAUGGAAUUUCAUGUUCUGUUCAUGGUGUUGCUUGUUCACAUAGAGAUACAUUCUGCCUCGUCAAGGCAGAUGCAGUGAAGCCACUGGUACAAACUUUGAGUGAGACAGAGUCUGGUGUAGCAGAAGCUGCUUUAAUGGCACUCGAAACAUUGCUGACAGAACAUAGCACACUGUCUCGUGCUACCGCAGCCAUUGUGGACAACCAAGGAGUGGUGGCCAUUCUACGAGUCCUGGAGAAGGGUUCCUUGUCUGCCAAAGCUAAAGCCUUAGACCUCUUCCAGAAGAUUCUAAGCCAUACACAGAUCGCCGAGCCACUAUUUCAGCGGUCUGAGGGGAUCCUCAUCCAGCUUCUUCAGGAGAAUGAUCUCAGGAAAAAAGUAGCUUUGGUGCUUCAGCAAAUGAAGAUUCUUCCAGAACAAUCUUCUUACUUCUGAAUUCCUUUGAUUCUAUAGCAUGAAAUUACAGUUAAGCAUUGGGUAUUCAACUGUAGAACACCACAACGGGGCUCAUAGAGAGUUGAGAAAGGAGCGUGAAUGUGCCCAAAAACUUCAGCUAAGAAAAUUUCAGUAUUUUUCUUGGCGAGAUAAGGCUACCAGCAUGCUUACUAUUGGUCCAAGAAGACGAGAUGUACUGCCAAAAGUAAGCAGAAAAUUCCCAUUCUAUGAGCUCGGUGAGUUUUAUUCACAAAUUCAAAGACGGAUAUGGGAAAUCUCCAGGGACAAAACAACCAUAAUAUUGCCAAUUAGCAUAUUUCAGCAAUGUUGCCCUCGUGCAGAAGUUUGAGGUUUGAGUCGUUAUUGAUUGGGUGGUCUUAGAGAGGAGUUCCCUCGAUCUCGAUCCUGCUUCUCCCACUCAACUUAUUUAAAUGAAUUCCACCUUUCAUUCAUUCUCCACCUGCAGCGGCAGCUGAAAUUAGAUUCUGUGAAUGAAGUUAUUAAGUUCAGUCCAAAGUCAACCCCAAAGAUAAGACUGAGCAAAAUAACACCCCUAAACGGAAGGCAGCAAGUAGAGAACUAACAUAGUUACUGUUAUUUUAUUUCUUGGAAAUUAAAGUCUAGUGAUUGACAUUAUCUUGUAUGAUUUUCUUUUUUGUAUGACAUGUACAAUAUGCAAAUUUACAUGCAAAGUCGGCCUCCAUUGUCAUCA